UUUAUGGCACUGUGCCUGUGGCAACGCACACAGACAUAUCAUCGAGGCAACACCAAUAAAAGUAUAAUAAAUGUUAGCAAGACAUAAGCGCAGCGUACGGUACUAUUUGUUCGGGAGGGAGGUUGGAGGCACUCGCACAAGCAAGGGAGAGGCUGUGUGGCGCUGCCAGCCAGUUUACCGUUGCAAGGCGCGUAGUGCGGCCGGACGCUGGACCGUCACCCGCGCGCCGCCGGCACCCUGAAGCUCUCUGACGCUGACUAUAUUCAUUAUUCUCGAACCUACCACCACUAUAUAGACUUAACAACCCUCUGUGUUUCCUUAAGGGUUAUAUGAACUUAAUACAUUCUUAGAGAUCUCACAUAGAGACGAAGUGCUACAACUCGUGCCUAACUGGAGUGCUAAUCUGAUUUCAGACUAUUUGUUGGAUCGUUUCAACUUUGUUGAAGAUAAAACUUUUCGAUUGUCAACACAAAAACAAUCAUCUAGAUCAACUUCGAAAGUCGGACUUAGAAAAACCAUGGCCAAAAGAAUCACAUUGAAUAUCAAAUCUGCCAAGAACCUGGUCAACUAAGUUCUUGUCGAGCGGCUAAUAGGGUUGGGGUGAAUAAUGGGAAAAAGGAACGUACGGAUCAAGUUCGCACACUCGAUUGGUCCGCCGAUAUACUCGAGCACGUUGGGCGCGUCCGAGUAGCACCCCAGCCCACAUUUGCAACCACACUACCAGUUACCGACGCUGUAGCGACUGCCAAUAAAGUACAAGUCAUACCGGGUUUUACACUUAUUUAAUUUAGAUAUAUUUACUUAAGUACAAAAAGUCACGAACUUGCAAAUCGAACAAUUCUAGACUGACGAGAGAACGAAUUUUGAUAAUCGUUCUCCGUUGAAUCACGGUAGUCAUGACGACCACUGCCCCAGAACGGUCAAAGUCGGAUUUCUUUGAUUUCGUGACGUCCAACGAAGUUACGGAUGCACAAUAUAAACAACAAAUGCGAUCUGUAAACGUGUUCAUGGAAUCGCCCGACUCUAGGUCGAAUCCUUUGUUAUCGGAGGAACCGAAAGAACAGAACAACAAUAGCUUGUUAAGUGUUGCGACGACGCAGGCGAACACAAGCGCAAUGACAGCCGCGACUACUUCUACUACACUACAAAGUUUUGACUCGAUAUGGAAUGUAGAUCGUGAUCGAGAUCGCUUGGACACUUCAAUGUUAGAGGACUUAAAUAAAUUUAGUUAUUGGAACCAAGAUAGUGAAAUAGCGGAUACCCCCUGCACGGAUACGACAAUUUCAAAUAAACUAAUCAACAAUACCGAUGGUCAAAUAUAUACUCUUACUGUCCUCAAUCACGAUAUAACAGAAAACAGUUCAAGUCGCUAUUGGAGUAAAGACGAAGACGUUUCUAUGUCUAGUCCGGCAGACAUAGAACCCAAUCCUGCAUUGGAUCUGGAAUCAAUAUUAAAUAUGAAUGGAUUCCCAAACGAUUUCAACCAAGAUCUCCCCAAACCUUUUCAUUUUGAAGAUGGUGAUUCAGAGAGUCAAAACAAUGAUCUGAACUCAAGUAAUCUAGUAAAAGUGGAACAAUAUUACGACGAAAACGAAUAUACAAACAGUGAUAAGAAUGAUGACACGCAAAGUUCCUCUUUAAUUGGUGCUGCAACUUUACUGGAUACUCAAAUCGAAUUUAACAACAAUAACAAUGACUGGAAAGCAACAAAUAACAAUGCGAAUGAAUCUUUACUUAGAAGUGCAUUACAGGGAAAAGCUUAUUUCCGUACUGUUCAAAAAAGUACUGUUACUAAAAUAGACGCCAAUGCUGAAUUGAAGCGAGUCAUAAUCAAUAAUAAUAACAAAGCUGACGUACCAUCUAUGUACCAAGAUGCAAAGGACGCCGACCCGGAAUUAUUGAUGGCAAUUUCACCUCCAAACGGAAAUGUCAACAUUUCAAUUUUAUUAGAGGAUCCAAGCACAGCUGUUAUAACUAAUGGAGAAAACCCGACAUCGACGCAGCAAAGCGUGGAUGACAUUUUGCUGUCUCAGUUGGAUGCGAACUAUCCUGAAGACUAUGAAAAAUUAAAAAGAAUAGCCACGGAGCUUGGUGAAUCAAUGCAACCAUUCUGCACUGUAGAACCCAUUGAUCCUACUCGAAGUGUCUACAACAUCCAUCAUGUGAAUGGUGAAUUAGUGACGAUGAUUCCAGCUGGGGAAGUACAACUCCCUCAUAACUUGCAAAUAGUCACCGCUUCACCAGCAGUUACGAGCACAAAAAACACAAGUAAAAAAUAUAAGAGGAUACAGAAUAAAAAUUCCCCGCCAAGUGCACAGCCGCAGUCUGGACCUGCCGUUCAAGCGGCUACUUCGACAUCUAACGGAGUUCGAAAAGAGAGAUCUCUGCAUUACUGUUCUAUUUGUUCAAAAGGGUUCAAAGAUAAAUAUUCUGUAAACGUACACGUAAGAACACAUACUGGGGAGAAACCGUUUACAUGUUCCCUAUGCGGAAAGAGUUUCAGACAGAAAGCACAUCUCGCGAAGCACUACCAGACACACGUAGCACAAAAAGCGGCCGCCGCCAACGGCGCUGUCAAACCCAACAAGCAAAGGUAACUGCUACAAGUUCUGUGAGUCGCGCUUGUUCAGUUUCUGUAGUGUCGUUUACAUUAAAAAUCACGGUGAUAUGACUAUAAAUGUUUUUUAAUGUAUGUAUGUAAUCAAACAUAAAGACUGACAUAUCACAGGAGAAUUUGGUAAGGUGCUAGUAAAAUAGAAAAAAAAUAUAGAGAUAAAAUGGCAGUUCACAAAGAGAGUUGGAGCAUUCUCGGCUGCGUGUUACUUUGUUGAUUUUGUAUGUAAUUCCGUCCGUUACCGAAUAUUAUUUAGCGUAAAAAAAAUCAGUAACACUGUUAUUUUUUACUUCCACAUUAUUUUUAAGUGUGUACAUUCCGUUUAUUUAUAGUCAUGUAGGUAAUUUAGAUGCUGUUAGGUGAUAUUAACACGUUUUGUUGUUAGGUAGGCAUUUUCUUUAGUCCUAUAAUAAAUUUGAUAACAUUAAUCGGCUUCAAAAAAAUGUGUAGCUCAUUGACAGUAUCGAAUAAAGGAAACAUCAGAUAAACAGGCAACAAUGACGAGCAACGUUGGGAUUACUCGCCGCCGCCGUAAUUUCUCCCGCUGUGUGACCGACUAAACUUUCUAAAAAUAAAAAAUUACAGAGUAAAAGAACGAGUAUUCUCAACCUACCAUCUUUCACCGCUCGGUUAUCGUAUGUACUGUAUUCUUCGCUAAUGUUCGGUGUUCCUUGUUACAUGCUAAACUCUUAUACUAAACGUAUACUUUUAGAACGCAUUACGUAAUGCUAUCAAAAAUUUCAACUGUUUUCUAGUAAUAACUAAAAAAAAAUUCAAUGAUGCAAUUAUCUAUAAAUCCAUAUCCGUCAGUUUAGUGAACGGUUUCUCACUCCUAGCAUUACAUCUUUCCCUCACAUUGGGAGAGGCUUGAUUGCUCUCAGAUUGCUAUAAAUUAUAAAUACAAGUGGCGUUCAAUCGCGGUCUUUAAAAUUGUGCUCCCUUUCACGGCUAACCGAUUCGCCUUUCUUUGUUCGUUCUAUGUGUUCAUAACGUGCCUCGCCCUAUCAUUAUUAUAUCUAUUAAUAACUUGUACCCAUAGCCAUUGUUUACUAAAGCAACGGACUUCAACGCGAUCGUUGUAGUACCUACUGAGCGCAAUAAUGUACAAAUAGUAAUUGAUAAAUAGAAUGUACGUGCUCAUAUACGACAAUCUUGAACAUGGAAUUGCAUGAAAGUACACCCUGUGCUUUCUAGAGAAAGCAAUUACCUGAUAUAGAGCAACUAACAUACAUAUUAUUACAUAUAUUCAAAAUUUCCACUACUUUUAAAGUGCUAUAAUAUACUAACGUAUGAUGGUUACGUCCAAAUGGACUUUCACUGUACGAAUCAAUUUAAAAAUUAUAAUAUUUUUCUAUUUCAAAAUGUAAGUUUGGAGAAUGCAUUGUGCUUGACCGCAAGCAAAUAAACUGUCCAUUAAUGAACGCCAUUACGAAUACGUGUGAUGAGUGAUGAUUUCGCUUUUGUAACAGGAAACUUUUUAGCAAAAAUGUUUAACAUGAAAUUUUUGUAUUGUUAAAAAUUAAAUCGUGAGUAUAGUAAGUUGUGGGCGGGCUGUAAUGCCUGCCCUGUCUAAUCGUCGACGCGAUGAGACGACGCCACUUGCGCUUCCUUAUCUCUUGCUUCACUGCCUACGUAACUGCCGACAUAAGAUACUCAAUUCUAUAUAUAAAUUCUUAAAUAUUUUUUGUCAUAAUUUUUUAUGAAGAAUUUAUUACUAUAAAUUAUAUUUUAAACAACAAAAUUAACUUUGAGUAAAACAUGCUAAAAAAUAAUUAACAGUUUAAUAAUAGAACAUAAUAUUUAAAGCACUAAGGUCGCAUUGAUAUUUUGGCCUCCACACGUCAAACCUUUUGUAUCAUUCUAUUAAAGUCACCAGCCCAUGCAAUUUCAUUGGAACGAUGUUGUAAUAAUUUUAUUUUAUCAAACGUAAGACUAGUCGGUUUAUAAAAAUUAACCAAGUAUCAUCAUAGUUGAUUCGGAAAUAUUUCCAAAUUGACGCAUAAUCUCAGGCUUAAUUUAAUUUUAA